CAGUAGCUCCACCGCGGCUCGAUGCCUGAGAGCCACCACGACGAGCCCUAUGCAGAAAUUACGAGCGGGGGAUUAGCCAGUAUAUCGGAUGCUGAUACCGUUAGUCCCUCGGUCCUGGGCCCGGGGGAGAUCGUCAUCAUUGGUCGGCGCCGUGCCCAAAUCAGGGCGCGCUUUGGUCUGAAACUUACCUCAGGUUGCGAGGACCGGCACCAGCGGGGACCGGGGCGUUCUUAGCGGACGAGGAUUCAGCCUAUUCAGCAGUACACGCAGUUAGCUCUAUGAACAACUCUGGCCCCUCAUCACCUCCUCAAUGCGAAUUCCCGAACCGGCAUUCUCAUCUGACGAUGACAACGCGCCAACAACCAGCACAAGUGCCCGCAUAUAUACUUACCAUUGCGAAUAUAGAGGUGUUCGUGUGUGUAUGUGUAUGUGUGUGCUUGCUGCAAAGGUGCUCUGCUUGCUAGAG